ACCUGCGGCUGCCUGCAAUAACAGCAUACAUAACACUCGUGUUGCUCUUCAACAUGACCACCGUCAUCAGGGUUCAAGACCGCGAUACAGUGAGCAACAGGCCUAUUAUACAAGAUGAUAAACCACCCUCAAUGGGAUGCUUCGGCUGGUUAAUUAUCAUCAUCUCCAUCAUUAUCACCAUUGGUUUACUUCCCAUUACAAUCUUCAUGUGUAUCAAGAUUGUUCAGGAGUAUGAAAGGGCCGUGAUCUUCCGACUAGGUCGUAUUUUGGACAAAAAACCAAAAGGACCAGGAAUUUUCUUUGUGCUGCCAUGUACUGAUUCAUUCAGGAAGGUGGACUUGAGAACUGUGACCUUUAAUAUUCCUGCUCAAGAGUUUCUGACGAAAGACUCCGUGACGGUGAAUGUGGAUGGUGUGGUGUACUUUCGUGUGUUUGACCCAAUCUGCUCCGUGGCCAAUGUGUCAAAUGCAAAUCAGGCCACACAACUUCUGGCUCAGACCACCCUAAGAAAUGUGUUGGGAACAAAGAACCUGUCUGAGCUGCUGUCCGACAGAGAGGGCAUCUCAAACAGCAUGCAGAUUGCGUUGGAUGAGGCAACCGGUGUGUGGGGUAUUAAAGUGGAGCGAGUGGAGAUAAAGGACGUUAAAUUGCCUAUCCAGCUCCAAAGAGCCAUGGCUGCAGAAGCUGAAGCAUCUCGAGAAGCCCGAGCCAAGGUGAUUGCAGCAGAGGGUGAGAUGAAUGCAUCACGGGCACUAAAGGAAGCAUCUCUGGUGAUCGCAGAGUCGCCGUCAGCACUUCAGCUGCGAUACCUCCAGACUCUAAGCACCAUAGCAGCUGAGCGAAACUCCACCAUCAUCUUUCCCCUGCCCAUUGAUAUCAUUCACCACUUCACAUCAAAAAGAAACUAAAGCAUCCAUUUUAUGUUUUAAAUGUUGUUAGUUUUGAUUUAGAGUCUGCUUCAAUACGUUUGCAACCAUUCAAGGUCAAAAACAAUUUAAUUAUAGUAUCAUAUCUUUCAUCACAGAGUCUUGUUGGUUCUGUAUCUGGUCUCUUUAUACCCCUCAUUUCCUUGACACUACUUUGCUCUGUCUGGUCAGAUAGCUCUACUCUGCUCUGAUUGGUUAUAUAACAAUACAGUGAUUUGAUUGGUCAGAAGGCUCUGAUUGAUCAUAGGACAACUACUCUGCUUUCAUUGGUCAGAUGGAUCUAGUCUGCUCUAAUUGGUCAUAUGACACUUAUGGAGUUAACUUGUUAACAAAAGUUCGGUAGCGGAACCACGCCUCACUUUGUCUCCUUAACCAAUCACCUACUCCCUAAAAACCUAUAUAAGGCAGACCUGUCCUCUAGCACUGUUCUUCUCGUUCUCUCUAACCCUCCUUCCCUCCUCUAUUUCCUUGCUUCCCAUUAACAAUUCUAUAACCCUCUCUUCCCUCCUAAGUUGAAUCGGGGGGUCUAAUCACUCUAACAAAAUAUUACAGAGACGGUACGCGGACUCUGAGUCUUCGGUGCAUCACCGUAGGAUGCCAGAUCAACCUACCUACCUGUUCACUGUUUAUCCUCCUACUUCCCUUCCCCUUAAUCCCACUGUUUCCUUACCAUCCCUUUCAUCCCUACAAUACAGUCUAGCAUAAAGUGUGGCAUGGUCCAUGCUGGUGAAAUCUGCUUUUAUUUGUCAGAUGGCUGUACUCUCCUUUGAUUAGUUAUAUGACACACAACUUUUAACAUUGUCCAUAAUAAAUGUGAUUUAUGCCUUACAGAAAGUUUUACUGUUACAUAUUCAACAGUUAAUCUAUGUCAUUAUAGUUGCUUUAAUAUUAAGCCGUUUUAGGGUAGGGCAAAACUACUGAUAUAUAAUUUGAUUUAAAUGAUCCAUUUUUGAGAUCUAGCAAUACUGUAUUUAUUAUACUGCAUUCAUUUUAGCAGGAUAUCAGUGCCACUUGUAGUGAACGAAACUGAAAGCUAUGUAAUUAAAGUUUGCAGGGUCUUGGAUACGUAAAGGAAUACUUUUCAAAGAGAUUUCAAUGUUAGAAACUAAUCAGCUUUUUAAAGGUAUUAACAAUAGAGCACUUGCACCUUCAGGCUAGCACCCUCAGACUUGCACGCUUCCUCUGCAAGUGACAUCAUUUACAAUCGCCACCUGUGGCCCCUUGAAUGAAUCCUUGAGUAAUUUAACUUAAGGGUGUCCCUGAGGGGGAAAAAAUCUCUGAGGUAAGGGAUUUCAGUAAGAUCGUUGCAACAAACUUUUUAUCUGUCACCCUUACCUAAGUGCCUUUUUUCUAAGCAUAGUUUCUGGCAACAUAUGGCGACGGGCGCCGCAGUUGCUAUAGUUGUGUAAACAGAUUGUAACGAACCACGAAUGCUUGCCUUAAAACAGCUCUGCAGUAAUGUUACACAUCAUCUGUGCCACUUUCUUUCCGUUAAGCGAGUCGAGACAUUCCCUUAUCGAGUCAAUCUCGACAUUAUGUUUGGAGGACCUAUAAAAUUGGGCUUGGAUCCUGUAGAGACUUUUGAAGCUGCGAUUUCAUAUGGAUGCACUCCUGCGCAGACAUGCUAACUUAUCAACACGUAUAUAUUAGUUUAUUUAUUAAAUGGUUUUAUU